ACUUAAGCAACAGACCCUAAGACUGUUAAAACUAAGACUCACGGUUGAAGUCCACACGACCAGACAAUACACACAGACUGCUGACAGACGACUUUUGGGCCAGGUCUUGGGUUCAAAGCACACGGGGUCAACACACUCUGUACAAGGGAUCAAGGUUGGAGGCGUGGCACAGAUUAGCUCCUAUGGUCUUUGCGCGGUUCCAUCCACCUGCAGAGGCCAGCCCGACCUCCCCAGAUGUGGCUGAGCUGGCCAAGCCACCUGCUUCAUACGAGGGGCCUGCACAACAGCCCGAGGAACACAAGGACUCGCUGGCUUCAGGCCCUGACCCGGAGCCACCUGAUGCCCCAACUGACGCUGACGAGAACACACCGUCGGCACAGCUGGAGCAGCGACCUGUCGCCGACCCCGAUGCCAGCUCUUCCAACACCUCCGAUCGCCUCGAAGCAUUGGAGAUGGACGUCGGCUCCCUCAACGACGGCGUGCAGUUACAGCAGACCGCAACGCAACAGUUGGAGCAGCAAAUUUGUACUACCGCCAACAACUCGAGUUCGGAACCGUGCGAGACAGCUCCAAAGUUUGACGGCCAGGAAAUCUUCUGCGACUCGACGAAGACAAAUCCAAUUCCAUGGUUCCGCAAGUUCGAGCUCACGCUGCAGCUACACUACGUCAAAGAACACAAGCACCACGCGUACUUGUACUCCCGGUCGGGGGGCGCAUGCCAAGCAUGGUUGGACAAUCUCUUGUCCAAGUACGGAGUAGUAGCUGGCGACUUGCACACCAAGAUCGGCAAGGAUGAUCUAAAGGCGGCGUGGCAUAAGCGGUUCCAAGUAGAGCCGCCGAAGAUCAAGGCAAUGGACAAGCUAAUGGUCUUCGAGCAAGGCACGCUGCCGAGUGUCGACUGGAUUGCCGAGUACCAACGCUUGACAUCCGUCCCAGACAUCCAGAUGGGCUUCAAAGCCAUCCGCCACUAUUUCAUCUCAAGGUUAUGUCCGACAUUAAGCAAUGCCCUGACUCACGUCGAGGAGACCUUGACGACAACGGCGAAACUUUUUGACAAGGCCGCGCAGAUCAUUAUCAUGAACAAGGAGGCCAAGAACAUGCGUUCGUCUGCGCCAGGCCCGAGCAGAGACCAGCAUCGGCCAAGAGUGGUUGUGGUCGCGACGGCAACGCCGUUUGACCAAACUAGCGAGGCCGUGUCUAUCGAUGAAGGGGACAGACUCGCAGCCGCCCGGGAAGGUGGCUUCCCCGGCAAAGGCCGAGGACGCGGCAAGGCGAAGACAAACACCACAUCUAGCCCCGGGCCCGGUGUCGCACUUUUUCCCAGUCUGGCCUCUCAGGGCGACCGGAAAGCCAACAGGCUGUCACGCAGGAUUUUGCCGCUUGCCGGGACCGCAAUGCGCACCAUAUGCGUCCGUCUUCACACGUAUCUAUCCUUCUAUGCACCACCAACUUCGCCGACGGAUGACGAAGUCGCGGUGGGGGACAUCCUUGCGUAUGUUACCAAGGUGGCCCGCGAGUUUCGCAAGCGGCGGUACGAUGACAACAACGCACCACUCCUCUAUGUCCGCAUCCAAGUUGGGCAAGCGUCCUGCGGCGCUUUGCUGGAUAGCGGCGCGACUCGCAAUUUCAUGAGCCAAGCCUUUAUGCAAAAGGCUGGCCUUGGCGCACAAGUUCGGAGGAAUGCAAACCCGGCGGCGAUCAAGUUGGCGGACGGAAGGACGCAGCAACUUAUCGACCGCUACAUCGAGGUCGUACCGGUGUAUUUCGCACCUCAUGCAUGCGAACCGGUGACGUUCGACAUUUUGGACACAGACUUCGACAUUUUUGGGAAUGCCUUGGCUUGCAACCCAGGACAGUUUCAGGUGGCAGCGGAAGGUGCGCGCUCUUAUUGGAAGAGGAAGAACACGGGACUUCGGGAGGGCAAAAAGCGAAAGACCCGUAGUGGGAUAGACACUAGCCCCUACACCAAGGAGCAGCAAGAAAAGAUGGCCGCCUUAGUGAAAGAGAACAAGGAGAGGAAGGAGCUCUUGAAGCAGGAGAAGUUAAAGGCGAUCGCAGAAGAGCAGGCGGCAAAGAUGAAGAAGUUAGAGGAGGAGAUGAAGAGAGUUCAACAGGAGGAGGAAGAGAGGAGAAAGGCUGCCGAAGAAGAAGCAGCAGCAGAAGAAGAGAAAGAGAGGAUGCGUAUUGAGAGUAGAGAGGGGAGUAGCGACACGACAAAGGAUACAGACGCUGAGAUGGAGAAGAAGAUAAGUGAGUGGGUCGCUAAUUUAUUUCUGGGAGAAAACGAGGAGGCGGAGUCUUAUGUGACUCAGGAGGAGAGGGAUGCGCUAGCUAGUGAGCUAGCAACAAUGAAGGACCCUAUGGAACGGCGAGAAAGGGAGGAGGAGCAGAAGUUGGCGUGGAAACUGAAGAUGAAGAGGGAGAAGAAGAGGAGGAGAGAGGAAGUCAACAAGCUGACCGCAGAGGUGGCGAAGGUGCAAGAUUGCAAGAAAGAAGUACAGGCCCAGCCAGAUGACAAGGCCAAAUGGGAUAAAGUGUUGGGGUACUUGGAGGUGUUGAGCACAGCAUGGAUGGAGGAGCGCCAUGCCAGUUGGAGCCAAGAGGUAGCCUUAAGUGCUAUGCGGUCGGGGUUUAGAGAUUUUGCGCGCGAGAUAGUCACCCACAUUGGGGGCGAAGUCAAGAAACUGAGAGAGAAUGUGGGGAAGUUUUGUGAGGGCACUAUCGAGGUUGCCAAAGCGAUAGCCGCUGUAGAGGGCGAGGCCAGGCCUUGCAAGGACCCAAUCAAGCUUAAAUUCCCAGAUGCAUAUGGAGGGAAGAAGGAGGAGAACUUUGACAACUGGGAGGCCAGUGUCAAUAGUUAUAUAUAUUUACAGCACAUCCUGUCAGAGGAACAAGUCCUUGUGGCCUUCCAGGCCCUUAAGGAUGAGGCGGCUAGUUUUGCCAGGUCCCUUGCGCGCACAGCCGGUUGUGAAAACAACCUGGUUGCAUAUUCAAGAGUCACCCCCCUUCCUCAAUUCUUUAAGCUCCUGAAGGAGCAAUUUGCAGACCCAACGAGAGCCGUUCGCGCCUCUGAUAAGCUACAAACGAUCCACUCGCGACAGUGGAGGAGUGCAAGAGCACUCAAGGGUACCAUGGACGACUUGGUAGCCGUCCCAGACCAUGGGGUCACUGAGACCCAGUUGGUCCAAUUAUUUUAUCGUGCCAUGCCAGAGGCCAUACGUGGGCAUUUCUUUGACAAGUCUCAACAGGCCGGCAUCACCUAUGAUACAUUGAGUACAGAAGUGGUCCUGUAUGAGUCGAAAUCCAUGCCGGUUACCACCUUCUGGCAUAAGGAUUUGGACAAGGGAAAAAGGUGGAAAGGCCGUACCAUCUCAGGCCAGGUGAGGGCCAAGGAUCACAUGAUCCUUACUUUAGAGGAAGGUGGUACUGAUGAGGUCCCAUGUAGUCAGAUUGAGUGGGCCCUAGAGGAAGAGGACAGUAGCGUGGGACAGGGGAGGUCUUAUGUUGCUGUUGCGGCUGGAGGGAGGCCGCAAGGUAGAGGAGGAGGCCAGGGCCAAAGGGGCCAGGCCAUGGGAGGCCGAGGACCGGGCGCACAAGGGGUUGGCGGACAGGGAAACCGCCAAGUGGGAGGUAGGGGUCAAGGUCCCCCGCCAAAUCGCCAGGGUUCUAAUCGGUCCCCACAGCGACGAGUUGGAAGGGCACCUCAAGGAGGAUGGCACCCAGGCUUACCACAGGGCAGGCCCUGGGAAGAUUUGGGCUUGGACCAGGGCGUAUGGCAGGAACGCGUGAACCUGGGCCUAGCUAACUACUAUAGAAAGUUCGUGAGGAACUUUUCUACUAUCGCCGCUCCCCUGCCCAGGUUGCUUAAGAAAGAGGCAAUCUGGCAAUGGGACAAAGAUUGUACGUCUGCGCUAAAUAGAUUGAAGCACGCACUAAUAGAGUACCCUGUCCUCAAAGUAGCAGAUCCGUCUUUGCCAUUUGUCGUCACCACAGACGCAAAUCAGUAUGGAAUAGGUGCCGUGUUGCAGCAAGACGACGGCAAUGGCUAUAGACCCGUAGAGUUCAUGUCAGCGAGGAUGCCCGCUGAGAAGGUCGCUACCUCGACGUACGAGAGAGAACUCUACGCUCUCAUGCAGGCUCUAGACCACUGGAAGCAUUACCUGCUUGGGAGGCACUUCAAAGUGUAUUCUGACCACGAGACUCUUAGGUGGGUAAAGACUCGGGCCAAGAUGACACCUAAACUGACUAGGUGGGCCGCAGAGAUAGACCAAUAUGACUUUAAGCUUAAGCCAGUGAAGGGCGAGUACAACGUAGUUGCGGAUGCUCUGAGUAGGAGAUCGGACUACUUUGGAGCCAUAGUACACUAUCUGGAUAUAGGGAGAGACCUGCAAGAGAAACUGAAGCAAGCGUAUGCCCAGGACCCUAUCUAUAGCGACCUCCUAAAGAGAGUUAGAGAGGCACCAGAGACUGAGCCAGAUUACCGCACUACAGAUGGGUUGUUGUUUGAGAAGACUAACGUAUUUGACCGCCUGUGCGUUCCCAACAGCGAAGAAGUUCGCAGUUUGAUCCUAGGGGAAUGCCACGAUACUGAGGGACAUUUCGGUUGGCAAAAGACAUUAGCCAAUCUAAUGCGUGCGUAUACCUGGCCAGGAAUGAAGAACGACUGUAUAGAGUAUGUCCGCAGUUGUAAAGUGUGCCAGAGGAAUAAGACUACUACACGCGCGCCCCUAGGUCUUCUCAAACCCUUGCCUAUUCCCGAUCAGCCAGGAGACUCAGUGUCCAUAGACUUCAUGGACACCCAAAUCAAGAGCCGACAUGGUAAGAGCCAAGUCAUGGUCAUAGUUGACCGAUUUAGUAAGUAUGCAGUUUUUGUUCCCUUGCCUGCAGAGGCACGUACAAACUUAGUUAUACGGAAGUUCUUUGAUUUUUGGGUUAGUGAGAAUGGAAUCCCGUUGUCGAUAGAUAGCGAUAGAGAUAGUCGUUUCACCAGCCAGAACUGGCAAGAACUCAUGAGAGUCUACGGAUCUAAGUUGUUGAAGUCGUCUGGCCGCCAUCCAGAGACAAACGGUCAGACUGAACAGAUGAACAAGAUCCUACAACAAGUUUUGCGCAUGUACAUUAGACCCGAUCAGAUUGACUGGGAUGAGAUGUUACCCAAGGUAGCUAGUGCGUACAACAACAGCGUACAUCUGUCCACCUGUCGCACUCCCAAUGAGCUGCACAAGCCCUUUAGGCCGCGCAGACCAUUUGAAGGACUCAACCGGGAUCAGGUUCACAGGCUACCGCCCGGUACCAGGGAGUUUGCAGUACAGCACGAGAAAGAACUAGCAACUGUUGUUGAGAACCUCAGGAACGCCCAGCACAGAAUCAUAGAACAGGCCAAUAAGCACCGUCGCCCAUCGCAGUUUCAGCUGGAGCAACGACCCGUCGCCGCCCCCGAUGCCAACUCCUCCAACAUCUCCGAUCACCUCAAUGCAUUGGAGAUCGGCGUCGGAACCCUCACUGACGACGCCCAGCUACAUCAAACCGUUAUGGAACAACUGGAGCAGUGGAUCUAUGCUGCCACCGCCACACCGAGUUCGGCACCGCGCGAGACGACUCCAAAGUUCGAUGAUCAGGAGAUCUUCUGCGAUUCAACGAAGACGGACCCGAUUCCAUGGUUCCGCAAGUUCGAGCUCAAGUUGCAGCUACACCAUGUCUGCGAGGACAAGUAUCAUGCGUACUUAUACUCCCGGUCGGGGGGGGUGUGCCAAGCAUGGUUGGACAAUCUCUUGUCCAGGUACGGGGUGGUAGUUGCCGACUUAUACACCAAAAUCAGCUUGGAUGAUCUAAAGGCGGCAUGGCAUAAGCGGUUCCAAGUAGAGCCGUCAGAGAUCAAGGCAAUGGACAAAUUGAUGACCAUCGAACAAGGCACGUUGCCGAGUGUUGACUGGAUUGCCGAGUACCAACGCUUGACAUCCGUCCCAGACAUUCAGAUGGGCUUCAAGGCCGUCAAACACUACUUCAUCUCGAGCUCGUGUCCGGCGUUGGGCAACCUUAUGACUCACGUCAAGGACACCCUGACGACAACGGCAGACCUCUUCAACAAGACCGCGCAGAUCAUUGUCACGAACAAGGAGGCUAAGAACCUCAACCGUUCGUUUGCCGCAGGCCCGAGCAGAGAUCAGUAUCGACCGAAAGUGGUCGUGGUCGCGGCGGCAACGCCAACCGACCCUUCUAGCGAGGCAAUGUCUGCCAAUGAAGGGGACAGACUCGCAGCCGCCCGGGAUGCUGCGGUGGGGGACAUCCUUGCGUAUGUUACCAAGGUGGCCCGCGAGUUUCGCAAGCAGCGGCACGAUGACAACAACGCACCGCUCCUCUAUGUCCGCAUCCAAGUUGGGCAAGCGUCGUGCAACACUUUGCUGGAUAGCGGCGCGACUCGCAAUUUCAUGAGUCAAGCCUUUAUGCAAAGGGUUGGCCUUGGCGCACAAGUUUGGAGGAAGGCAAACCCGACGGCGAUCAAGUUGGCGGACGGAAGGACACAGCAACUUAUCGACCACUACAUCGAGACCGUACCGGUGUAUUUCGCACCUCAUGCAUGCGAACCGGUGACGUUCGACAUUUUGGACACAGAGUUCAACAUUAUUUUGGGAAUGCCUUGGCUUGCAAGUGUGGAUCCCACAGUCAACUUCCUCCAGCGGACUCUUACCGUUCGGGACGCCUUCGGCGCCGAAGUGUCGUGUACUAUUCCUCUUCCGCACCCUUCGAUUCGGUGCCAAGUGGUGACGGCCAAGUCAUUCCGGGCUACUUGCGCUUACGAGCAACCCGACGAAAUAGGCCUAUACUUCCUACAGACCGUCGCGGUAACCGAUUCUUCCCCCACGGACUUGUCUUCGGACCCCCGUGUGGUGCGGUUGCUUGACGAGUUCACCGACAUCUUCGAGUCACCUACCGAUGUGGUGUCGGAUCGACCGAUCUCUCACGAGAUCAUUCUUGAGGCCGGUACCGUGCCGCCAAAAGGCUGCAUUUACCGCAUGAGCGAGGAGGAGCUUACGGUCCUCCGCGUGCAACUCGAUGACUUGUUGGACAAGGGUUGGAUCCGCCCUAGUAGCUCCCCAUAUGGAGCGGCAGUUCUCUUCGUACAGAAGAAGAAGAAGGAUCUACGAUUGUGCAUCGACUACCGCAAGCUCAACUAGCAAACCGUCAAGAAUGCGUGGCCUCUUCCUCGUAUUGACGAUCUCCUUGAGCGAAUGGGUGACGCAAAGUACUUUUCUAA